CUGAAUUUGCCGUUCAUUCAGGUACUUAAUUGUAAUCGAUGACAUGCGAAAAGAUCUGUGGAAAAUUAUAGAAAGUGCCUUCCCCAGAGACGAUGAAGUUAGCAGCAGAAUAGUGGUGACAACGACAGUGCAGACAGUGGCUAAGGCAAGCACCUUUGCCAACGUUGAAGUCCACAUCCACAAGAUGGGAAGACUUGAUAAGGAAAAGUCAGAGGAACUAUUCGUGAAGAAAGCUUGCCUCGAGAUUCAUUCAGAAUAUGGGCACCCAGAUUCUAAAAGAAUUUUGGAAAAAUGUGAUGGCCAACCACUUGCUCUCGUCAGCGUUGGCCAGUUCUUGAGAAAAAAAGGUUGGCCGACAGAAGCCAGCUGCGAUCACGUAUGCCGGCGGUUACGCCAUCAUCUAUUGGAGGACGAAGCCUUCGAAAGAAUGCGGCGGAUGCUCAACCGCAGCUAUGCCAGUCUGCCUAACGAUGCUCCCAAGGCCUGCUUGAUGUAUUUCGGCAUGUUUCCAGCUCAUCAUCCGAUCCGGAGGAAAAGCCUGAUGAGGCUAUGGUUAGCCGAGGGCUUUCUAGGAGAACAACUCUCAUGUGGUGCAUUGGAUCGAGCAGAAGAAAAUUUCAGCACCCUCAUUGACCAGAACAUCAUUGAGUCCAUUGACGUAAGCAACAACAGCAACGUGAAGACAUGCAAGACAUACGGCAUGAUGCGUGAAUUCAUUUCCAUCAAGUCCAUCAUCUGGCAGGGCUUCAUAGCUCUUGCUGGCAAUGAGACGCUUCAAACCAGACCAAGUAAUGUCCGCGGGCUUUCUCUCUAUCACAGCAGUGCAACUGAAGACAGCAGAUUAUAUAGUGAUCUAAAACAUGUCAGAUCUCUGACGGUCCACGGUGAGGCCAGCGAAGCUGUCUUGGACUUCCGCAAGUAUGAAUUGCUGAGAAUCUUAGAUCUUGAAGCAGGAUGCACAGCUGGCCUGGGAGAUGAUCGCCUCGAAAGCAUAUGCAACCUUUCGCUUCUGAAAUAUCUGAGCUUUGGGGGCACUGUUGGCAGCCUUCCAAAAGAGAUCGAAAAGUUGACACUUUUGGAGACACUCGAUCUUAAGAGGACCAAUGUGAAGAUACUGCCCCUAGAAGUGAUCCUACUGCCCAGUUUAGUUCAUCUGUUUGGAGAGUUUCGGCUUCAAGCCAAGAGAAUGCAUGAGUUGCGCAAGUUUUUGAAGUUAGGAAAGAGUAACGUGGAGACACUAGCAGGAUUCAUCACCGAUGGAAGUGAUAUAGCUGCUGAAAUUAUGUGCCACAUGAAGAAAUUGAGCAAGGUGAAGAUACGGUGUAAUACAACCACUAGUAACGACGGAGGUUUCACCAGACUUGAGGAUGCUAUUCAGAAGUUCAUUCAUGAUGAUAACCAAGAAAGCACUGAGCCCCGGUCUUUAUCACUUCAUUUUGAUAAAUGCUCUGAAGACCUGCUAUAUUCAUUAAAAGCUCCAUGCUACCUUAGUUCACUGAAGGUACAUGGGAAGUUAGUUAAGUUGCCUCAGUUCAUUCUGUCACUUCGUAACCUCACAGAGUUGUGCCUUGAAUCUACUAUACUGACAGCAGAUCUUCUUGCAAAUCUGGGUGAUCUUAAAUACUUGAAAUAUCUCAAGUUGAUGGCACGUCAUCUCGAAGACUUCAUCGUUAAAAGGCCAUCAUUCCGUAGGUUGCUGCGCCUCUCUUUGGUCCUUGAGCGGCCUACAUUACCAACAUUCAAUGACGGCGAUCUGCAGUAUCUCUCCUCUCUUCAACUUAUCUGUAAACAUCUAGUCGGCCUCUCUGGUAUGAGAAUCGAAUACCUCCAUUGUCUGAAGGAUGUUACUCUUCAUCCUGAAGUCACUCUAGCAACAAAAGAAGAAUGGGAGCAGGCCGCAAAGCGGCAUCCCGGGAGGCCGAAAAUUUUCCUUCAAAAGGCUGACACAACGCCAGGAGAGCCUUCCGACGACUCUGAUUCUUCGGGUUCAGACAAAAGUGCGAGCACAGAAAAUUCUUUUGCGUUAUACAGACAAGCAGAACUAGGCACAGACACUCAGAUGCUACUUUAAGAAGUAAGAGGAAGCGGGAUCCUCUUCCUUUGCCGAACAUGCUUACUGAUCUGAAUGUCAUUCCAAUAACUGAGUUGUCCGCGGACCGCUGCAGCGAAACCAAUGUUGAUGGAGGAUACGCAAAAAAGUUGUGGAUCUAGCUUCAUGUUAAGCCACUUCCAAAGUAUGCUGCUUUGCCUUAGUCUAAUGAUCAGUGAACCGUGAUACGUAUCUUUCACAGAAGACUAUAUGGCAGUCUUCAUGUGUCCUUUAAUUUAUUUAUAAUAUAGUUUGGAGCUUUUUCUGGCAGUAGUGGCUGAGUUGUAAAACAAAUCUGCAUGCGCGCACUAAAUUGCCAACCUGUAAGAUCGCAUCUUUAUUAGUCAAUCAAUAUUUGUCUUUGUACUAAACUGGUCCCACUAAGUGACAAGUCAAUUAGUCACAUCAUUCUUAUUCAAUGCUUGUCUUGUACU